AUGCCCUUCGGGACGCUGCUUCUCAAGAUGGCGGCUGAUAGUGAGCCGGAGUCCGAAGUGUUCGAGAUCACGGAUUUCACCACCGCCUCCGAGUGGGAGAGAUUUAUUUCCAGAGUUGAAGAAGUUUUGAAUGACUGGAAACUUAUUAACAUUUCUUCAGGCAAACCUUUAGAAAAGGGUGCAUAUACCACUGAAAUAUGGGAAGACAAAUCUGAUGAAAUUACUUUUGCUGAUUUUCGAUUUUCUGUGACGCAUCAUUAUCUAGUCCAAAAAUCAACUGAUAAAAAUGCAAAAGAUGAGCUAGUAGAAGAUGCUCUUCCUGUUGCUAUGCAAGAUCUUCUAUGCAUGAACAAUGAUUUCCCUCCUAGAGCUCACUGUCUAGUAAGAUGGUAUGGCUUGCGUGAACUUGUAGUUAUUGCACCAGCAGCAAACAAUGAGGCCGUUCUUAGCGAAUCCAAAUGUAAUCUCCUUCUAAGUUCAGUUUCUAUUGCAUUGGGCAACACAGGUUGCCAGGUGCCAGUAUUUGUGCAAAUUCAUCACAGACACCGGAAAAUGUAUGUUGGGGAGUGUCAAGGUCCUGGAGUCAGAACUGACUUUGAAAUGGUUCAUCUUCGCAAAGUACCCAGUCAGUAUAGUCACUUAUCUGGAUUGUUGGACAUCUUCAAAUCUAAGAUUGGCUGCCCGUUAACACCACUGCCUGCAAUUAAUAUAACUAUUAGGCUUACAUAUAUACUUCAAGAUUGGCAGCAGUAUUUUUGGCCUCAACAACCUCCAGAUAUAGAUGCUUUAGUUGGAGGUGAAGUUGGAGGCGUAGAAUUUGGAAAGUUACCAUUUGGUGCCUGUGAGGAUCCUAUUAGUGAACUUCAUUUAGCAGCUACAUGGCCCCAUUUAACAGAGGGCAUAAUUGUGGACAAUGAUGUUUAUUCAGACCUGGAUCCUGCUCAAGCACCUCAGUGGUCUGUGAGAGUCAGAAAAGCUGAUAAUCCACAGUGCUUACUGAGUGAUUUUGUUACUGAAUUUUUCAAAUUAUGUCGUCGAAAAGAAUCAACUGAUGAGAUUCUUGGAAGAUCAGCGUUUGAAGAAGAAGGGAAAGAUGCCGAUAUAAGCCAUGCUUUGUCCAAGCUCACAGAACCAGCACCAGUCCCAAUCCAUAAACUGUCAGUGACAAAUAUGGUUCAUACUGCAAAGAAAAAAAUUCGUAAGCACAGAGGCAUAGAUGAAUCUCCUUUAAAUAAUGAUGUCCUGAAUACUGUUCUCAUGUAUUUGUUCCCUGAUGCUGUUGACAAAUCAGCAGAUGGAUCUGAAGCUAGAACGAAUACUUCAGCAGGAAGUAUUCCACCCCCAGAGAGUGAAGACUCCAAUCUCUACAUCCAAUUCAAAUCUGCUCCUUCUGACAGCCUGACAUACAAACUGGCUCUUUGUCUUUGUAUGAUCAACUUUUAUCAUGGUGGAGUCAAAGGAGUUGCACAUCUCUGGCAGGAAUUCGUCUUGGAAAUGCGCUAUAGAUGGGAGAACAACUUCUUCAUCCCAGGGUUAACCAGCAGUGCACCUGAUCUGAGAUGUUGUUUAUUGCAUCAGAAACUCCAGAUGUUAAAUUGUUGCAUUGAAAGAAAGAAAGAAAGAGAUGAGGGGAAAAAAGUGAUUAAUUUGGAAAAGCAAAAAGACGUGGUGGAUCGAGACUAUCCAAAAGAGAGUGAUAAAGAGAAAGGAGAAGUGGGGAAAUCUUGGGAAUCUUGGAGUGACAGUGAAGAAGAGUUUUUUGAAUGCCUGAGUGACACGGAGGAGCUUAAAGGAAACGGACAAGAAGGUGGAAAGAAAGGAAUUGCAAAAGAAAGUAGUAAAGAGACACUUGUGUUGAAGCCAGAGGGCCGCCUGCAUCCGUAUGGCACUAUGAAAUUGCUUCACCCGGGACAACCUCUCUAUGUGCCGGUAACCCAGGAACCAGCUCCUAUGACAGAAGAUCUGUUAGAAGAACAAUCCGAAGUAUUGGCCAAGCUGGGAACCUCGGCAGAAGGAGCUCACCUUCGAGCUCGCAUGCAAAGUGCUUGCUUGCUCUCAGAUAUGGAGUCUUUCAAAGCUGCCAACCCUGGUUGUUGUCUGGAAGAUUUUGUGAGAUGGUAUUCGCCCCGGGAUUACAUUGAAGAGGAAACCGUGGAUGAAAAGGGGAGUGUAGUCAUCAAGGGUGAACUGAGCGCCCGAAUGAAGAUUCCAAGUAACAUGUGGGUUGAAGCCUGGGAAACAGCCAAGCCCAUUCCAGCAAGGAGGCAGAGGCGCCUUUUUGAUGACACCCGUGAGGCAGAAAAGGUCCUACACUAUUUAGCCCUUCAGAAACCAGCUGACCUUGCAAGGCAUCUUCUUUCUUGUGUCAUCCACGCAGCCGUACUCAAGGUAAAAGAAGAAGAAUCUCUGGAAGAUAUUGGGUUAGUAAAGAAGAUAAUUAAGCAGAUAAUCAGCCAUUCCAGUAAAAUCCUCCGGUUCCCAAAUCCAGAAGACAAGAAAUUAGAAGAAAUCAUUGGUCAAAUUAUGAAUGUGGAAGCCACUAUUGCUCGGGCAAGGUCUCUAAAAGCAAAAUUUGGAAUAGAAAAAUGUACUAAAGAAGAAGAACGCAAAGAUCUAGAAAAGUUUGUAAAUUCCUUUCUGGAACAACCAGAAGUACCAGUCCUUGGUGCCGGAAGAGGGCCUGCUGGUAUUAUAAUUCACAAACUUUUUGUGAACGCACAAAAGGUUGCUCCAAUGAUGCCCUAUGAGGAAGAACUAAAAAGAUCAGGCUCUAUGGAUGAAAAACGUUUGAAUUCUGGAAUGAGUUCGGAUUUUCCACCCCCUGCAGGACGUGAGGUUAUUUUACGUACAACUGUUCCACGGCCUGCUCCUUACUCUAAACCUUUGCCUCAGCGGAUGUACAGUGUUCUUACAAAAGACGAUUUCCGACUUGCAGGUGCCUUCUCAUCCGACACAACAUUCUUCUGAUUUUAACAUCUACUCUAGCAACAUUUUCACCCAAGCAAGUACAUCAAAGAGAUGUUUAUCCAGUCUCCCGGAAAGGAAGAUGACAUUCAAGAGUAAUGCCUACGUGAAACCGUCCUCAUAUGCAUAGCAUUUAUGGGAUUUUUAUCUUUUCCAUCAAAGCCCCUUGUCUAUUGAUGUUGGCGGAUUACUCAUCUUUACUUAGCAAUCCAUUCCUCUUUAAAAAUGCUUUACAACGAUAAUGAAAAUACCGCAGAACUGUGUAUUAUUAAGUGUAAAUUAAAUUAUGCAAUACUGCUCCCCAGCCUCCCCAGUAAGUUUUAUGCUCAUGUAAAGUGAGUAGAUUAGAAACCUAAUAAAUCAGUGGAUUUAAAUUGUUUACAGCUAUACAAAUAUAUUGUAUGUAAUAAAAUUCACUUCCUUGUG